AUGCAGAUUGAUUCACGUCAAUGCUCGUUAAGUGAUCUUCUUCCUAAGCUUCAAGGGGAAAUUCAGUCUCGUGGAGUGACUGUUCAUAAAAAGAAAAGUAAAAUUGUGUUAUCAUGGACAAAAGAAGAAGAUGUACUACUCCAAAAUGCUAUUCAAUUGUAUGGGAUUAAUAAUUGGGACUUAGUAGAUGAAUGUGUUCCAGGAAGAACAAAAAAACAAUGCAAAGAUCGUUAUUAUAAUAGGUUUGAUCCUAAUAUUAUUCGUAAGCCUUGGUCUUAUGAAGAAGAUCAAAUAUUGUUGAAGUAUAGAAAUGUGUAUGGAAAUAAAUGGACUGAAAUAAGAAAGUAUCUUCCUGGAAGAACAGCUAAUCAAAUCAAAAAUCGAUUCUUCUCUCAUUUUGCUGAUUUGGUAGAGAAUCAACCAACACAACAAAUUCAAAUUCACUCUGUUUUUAUUCCUGUUAAUUCAGGAUUUACUGUUAUUGUAAAUUCACCUAUAUUUUAUUAA